CUCUGUGCUAUGGGAGAUGUCAAAGAAUCAAAAAUGCAGAUAACACCGGAAACUCCGGGAAGGAUCCCUGUUUUAAAUCCUUUUGAAAGUCCUAAUGAUUAUUCUAAUCUCCAUGAGCAAACUCUUGCCAGUCCUUCUGUUUUUAAAUCAACAAAAUUACCAACUCCAGGGCAAUUUAGAUGGUCUAUUGAUCAACUAGCUGUAAUAAAUCCUGUAGAAAUAGAUCCAGAAGAUAUUCAUCGUCAAGCUUUAUACUUAAGUCAUUCUCGAAUAGAUAAAGAUGUGGAAGACAAAAGACAAAAAGCCAUUGAAGAGUUUUUCACUAAAGAUGUCAUCGUACCUUCUCCUUGGACUGAACAUGAGGGAAAACAGCUUUCAGAGUAUCAUCCCAGUAAAUGUGAGUGUACUAAAAGCCAUGUGAAUGAAAAUCUGGUCAUGCAUUCCAGGAGGUCAUGCACUGCUUGUCAGACAUUGCUGUCUCUUCCUGUGGAUUUUAAUUUAGAGAAAAUAUUAGGUGACUAUUUUAGAGCUGAUGAAUUUGCAGAUCAGUCUCCUGGAAACCUCAGCUCUUCAUCUCUCAGAAGAAAGCUCUUUUUUGAUGGAAACAGAAGCAUCUCUGACUCUUUACCUUCAGCUUCUCCCAGAAGUCCUCAUAGCGGUGCUCAGGCCUCAGUUGAAGUUUUUUAUUCAAUAGAUUUAUCUCCUGUACAGUGUAGGAGCCCUGUACAGACACCAGGUUCGGGGCAGUUUUCUUCUAGCCCUAUUAAGGCUAAUGCAAAAAAAUACAGUGUGGGAAGUAUAACUAGCCCUUCACCAAUUUCUUCACCUGCUUUCUCGCCAGUUGAAUUUCACAUAGGAAAGACCCCACUCUCAGAACAAAGGAAGUUUACUUUUCAUUCUCCUGAUGCUUCAUCUGGAACAAAUUCUAAUGGAAUUACUAAUAAGUAUAUCAGAAGUCCUUAUAUAGAUGGCUGCUCACCAAUUAAAAAUUGGUCUCCUAUGAGUCUCGAGAUGUGUAGAGGUGGUCCUCAGUAUGAGACCUCACUGAUUCACAUACCUUUUACUCUUGAGACUCAUGAUGAAGAUAAAGAAGAUAAAGAGACUAUUUCUUCCACAGAUGUUUCAUCACCAGGCGUGGAUGCUGCUGAAAUACACCUACGGCAAUUGAAUAGUGACGCUUCUACACGGGGCACACGUUUACGUGUGACUGCCAUGUCUAUUACACACAAUCAGUCCAGUGCUUCUGAGAAAGAAUUAGCACCACUGCAGGAUGUCGAAAGCAAGGAGGAGAAUAACACUGUGGAUAUGGUUGAUCCUAUAGAGCUAGGAGAUGAGAGCACUUGGAUCAAGGGGCUGGUUGACAGCAGGAGUUUACCCAGGACUGACUUUGUGAGCGGACUUUCCUUCAGUAUUGAAAACUCUAACAUGUGCAUGUCGCCCCUUGCUGAAAACAGUGUCAUUCCUUGUGAAAGCACUAACAUUCAGGUGGAUAGUGGCUAUGGUGUGCAGAAUUGUGGAAGCAGUAUUAUGGAUACAGUUGGAGUAGAAAGUUACUGCAAAGAAAGAGAUGUACAGACUUAUAAAUGGGAGACUAAAUCUCAAGUUCUUAAUAUAAAGGAGUCUGCAGAAGAUGUGCCUUGUGUAUCUGGCUCAUCUCUUCACCACCACACUAACCAUGAAAGCCCUUAG